AUUCUCGCUGCCUUCUUAUUUUCCUUCCCUCGCUAUAUAUACACACCACCCUCGUCUCCUUUUUCUUUCAUCCACGCUUCCUUCUUUCUCCUCUUCAACGCAAAUUCCCAUCACAGUCGCUUCACCCUCAAAUUUCAAUCUCCCUUUUUCUCUCUAACUUCUCUAUCUCCGAACUGAAAAAUUGCAGAAAUGGCGGCACUUUCUAACAUUGACUCUACCUUCGAAGUCGACAAGCUCACCUACGAAAUCUUCUCUAUAUUGGAGAACAAGUUCCUCUUCGGCUACAACGAGCCCAAGAAUUCCAAGACCGUCGUUGCCAACUCUGCUCAGAUUUCCCCAGAAGACGCGAAAUCAGCCAAACACAACGAUGGUAAGGUCAGAAUUCUCUGCAUUGAUGGGACCGGCGCCACCGACGGCAUCCUCGCUGCCAAGUCUUUGGUUCACCUUGAAGCCUGCCUCCGCCGCAAAUCCGGAAACCCCAACGCCCACAUCGCUGCCUAUUUCGACGUCGUUGCGGGGUCUGGCGUCGGAGGCGUUCUCGCGGCUCUGUUGUUCACUCGCGGGAGAGACGGGUUUCCGAUGUUCUCCGCCGAGGAAGCGCUGAAGUUCUUGGUCGAUAACCGGCGCAAGAUUUUCCGUUCUAAGCCGGGGAUUUUCCGGCGAGUAAUUCGCGCGUCGUCGUCGGCGUCGAAAGUCGAGAAGCUGUUCCGUAAGAUUUUCGGUGAGAGCACGUUGAAGGACACGUUGAAGCCGGUUUUGAUCCCCUGCUACGACCUCAUCACUCGCGCCCCGUUCCUGUUUUCCCGCGCCGACGCUCUGGAAUUGGACGGCUAUGAUUUCAAGAUGAGGGACGUUUGCGUUGCCACGUCAGCUGAUCCCGUUUCGGUCGGCCCAGUGGAGAUGAAGUCCAUGGACGGGAGGACGAAGAUCGUGGCCGUCGAUGGAGGAAUAGCGAUGAACAAUCCAACGGCCGCCGCCAUCACCCACGUUUUGAACAAUAAGCACGAGUUUCCGUUUUGUAACAGCGUCUCCGAUCUCUUGGUUCUCUCUCUGGGCAACGGAGAGUCCGAGUUUAACACCGUCGAACCCAAAUUGUCCACAUCCGGCUUCGUUAGGAUCGCCGGAGAAGGAGCUUCCGAUAUGGUUGAUCAAGCUGUAUCGAUGGCAUUUGUGGAGUGUAGCAGAGGCAAUUAUGUGCGCAUCCAGUCAAACGGGGUGAUGGCAAAGAAGGCAGAGGGCGGGUCGGGCAGAACGACGUCGGAUCUGGUGGCAGCUUCGGAGGAAAUGUUGGCCCAGAAGAGUGUGGAAUCGGUUCUGUUCAAGGGGAAGAGAGUGGUGGAUAACACAAAUGGGGACAAGUUGGAGUUGUUUGGAGGAGAGUUGAUAAAAGAGGAAGAAAGAAGAAAAACCAGCAUUUUGCCUACUGUGGUGUUGAAGCAUGCGUCUCCUUCGCCCAGAACUUCAUCUGCCACCACACUCUCUACUUUGUCCUCAGGCUGCUAACCAAUCACAAUUGAUUCCAGAAAAUGAGACUGCAAUUCUUAAAUGAGUUGGGGACUUUGAGUUAGCUGCCGCUUUAGAUCAAUCAAGGCAAGUUGAAUCUGAGCCGAGCAGAGCUGAAUCCUCAACUCACUGUGGUUUUUUUUUUUUGGUUCUUUUUGUUUUGGGUAUAUAUAUAUAUAUAUAUAUACGUGUAUUUAUUCUGAUCAGAGUAAUUAAUCUGUGUAUAUGGUUAUUUGUUAAAGAAUGAGUUUGGUUCAGGAUUAGAGAUUUUUUAGAGCAUCUCUUGGAUCUGUGAGAGUUAGGUUGUGUUGUUGAGUCUGAUAGUGUUGCGACUCAACUAGGAGUGUGGAUUCUGAAAUUUUCAGAUUAAUUGGAACGUGCUUCAUUCAUCUUCUUUCAA